GAAGCGAGCAUAUUCUCGUGGGCUAGGUUGGGCAUGGGAGCCGUGUGGGCAGCGGUCGUGUGGCAUUUGCUCCACGCGAUCGCGAGCUGCGCCGCGAUUCUCCAGCGAUUCCUGGAUGGAAUCGCCAUCGCCACCGGAUCUGUGCGAUUCGCGUGGAGAUCGGUGACGAAGAAGCCCCGCGUCGUCGCCAUUGUCGUGGACGGGGAAUCGGCGAGGAAGGGCCGGGACGAGAUCGUGGAGCUGCUGGUUUUUCUGGCGGCGGCGGGAAUUCGCCAGGUUGCGCUCUACGACAUGGAAGGCAUUUUGAAGAGAUAUGGCACGUAUCUUGAGAAAAGAGUCGUGUCUUCUACCUGGAAACGGCAACUAAAGCAUGACUUCCAUUUUUCCAACGGAGUGGACCCUUUCCCCAGAUCAAAUCCGAUUAGAACAAAGAGCGAACCGAGAAUGGUGGUGGAGCUUCUGUCCAUGAGCGAUGGAAAAGACGCGAUUGCCGAGGCUGCGCGGAGGAUCCAUGACGACCUCCGUGGUUCCUCGCGGCAGGAUCAGCUGGAGCGGAUCAACAGCCUCACAGAGACUGACUUGAACGAGUCUCUCAAGCAAAUCGGACGCUGGAAACCCGAUCCAGAGCUCAUGCUUGUGUUUGGCAAGAUCAACUCCGUCCAAGGCUUUCCCCCCUGGAGGAUCAAGCUCACAGAAAUCAUUUACAUGGGAGAGCUGAGAAGAAACAUCGAUUCAUCGCUUUCGUAUGCUCUACAAGCUUACUCGGGAAGAACCCAUCGCUAUGGCUGUUAAUCACAUUUAGUUUAAUAAACGCCUUAAUAAACAUAUCGUUUUAAUCAAAA